CCCAUCUAUUUAGUUCGUACAUUUUUUGUACUUCAUUUGUACUAGAAAUUGAUAAGCUCCCCGGCCCGGGUACUUGACAAUAUCCAUAUACAGAGCAAUGUACGCUUCUUCUUCCUCUUCUGCGUCUUCUAUUUUGCCGUCUUGCUCAACAAUAAGAGCAAGAAAUGUGAUCGCGACAAUUGCCAUUGUUAUCUUCUUGUCGAGUAGCUCUUAUGCGCAGCUUUCCCCUAAUUUCUACACCAAGACAUGUCCCAAGUUGUUCACUACUGUAAAAGGAGUUGUUGAAUCUGCCAUAAAGAAUGAAACCCGUAUGGGAGCUUCGCUACUUCGCCUCCAUUUCCAUGAUUGCUUUAUUCAAGGAUGCGAUGCAUCCAUUCUGUUGGACGACAUACCUGGUAAAUUUACAGGAGAAAAAACAGCUGUGAUUAACAACAAUUCCGCAAGGGGAUUCAAUUACAUUAAUGAUAUCAAAUCGGCGGUGGAGGGAGUGUGCUCUGGUGUCGUGUCAUGUGCAGAUAUUAUUGCCAUUGCUGCUCGUGACUCUGUCGCUCAACUUGGAGGACCAUGGUAUCCAGUCCAACUUGGACGGAGAGACUCCACAACCGCCAGCUUCAGUCUAGCCAACGGCGGUGCGGUCCCAUCUAUCUUUUCCAACCUUAGCGUCCUGAUCGAAACCUUUGGCAACGUUGGCCUUAGCGCAACUGAUACGGUUGCAUUAUCAGGAGCACACACAAUUGGAGAUGCACGGUGUGUGACUUAUAGGCGUCGGAUUUACAACGAGACCAAUAUUAACGCAACAUUUGCCGAUGAACUGAAGAAGAUUUGUCCGUCGACUCAGGGAAUCGGGGACGCCAAUUUGACCCAUUUUGACCGUCAGUCUCCAUAUGUCUUCGACAACAAGUACUACGGGAACCUGAUGAACCAGGAAGGACUUCUUCACACCGACCAAAUACUCCGGGAUGGCGGGAACAUAACCGUUGCUUCAUUGGUUGAACAGUACAGCAGAGACCAGAACAAGUUCUUCAUUGACUUUGGCGCAGCGAUGAUCAAGAUGGGGAAUAUUGCGGUCUUAACCGGAUCCCAAGGUGAGAUCAGGAAGGAUUGCACAAGAGUUAAUACUCCGUAAUUGAUUCAUUCACCAUCCAAAUCGCGCCCGCCCGCCCUGCUUUCAUCACUCCCUUUUUUUCUUGUAUUAAAAAUAAAAAUUGUCCUGAAUACGAGUAAGAACGUUUUGAAUUCCAAAAUAAGAUUUUUAUGUUUUUAUUCCCUAAGCUGGAGUUAUUUCUGCCAAGUUUGGAAGAACCUGGCAGAAUUGACAUGUUUAGAAUCUCACAAUGCCAGACUUGGCAGAAAUUAAUUACUCCUACCUGUUUAGAUAAUAAAAACAUGACAGUUUAAUUUUGGAAUUUCAAAAUCUUUUUAAUCUUAUUUAGGGAUUUUUCCAUAUUAAGGGCCUCGAGUCAUUGGGUUUAUCCAUUUUGUUUGGUCAUUUACGUACACUGCUAGUUGCUUGCUGCUUGUUUGUUUCUUGAUUCUAGCUGCGCUGUUAUUGUCGUCAACCAUUUUAUGUGGUUUUGUUGGUUAAUUCAUCUUUGGCCCGCCAGAUAUAUAUUUGGUUUUACUGGUUUCCG